AUGAGCUCGAAAGAACUAAAACAGGAAACCCUUGAGCGUGCAAGAUCGCAAACGGUGAUCAUAACAGGAGCAGGGGGAGGUAUCGGGGCGGCAACGGCUAGGGAGUUUAACAACCGCGGUUCCAAAGUUGUUCUUGCAGAUAUUCCAGCCCUCGAGAGCAACGCAAAAGAGAUUAUUGCUUCCUUCGCAUAUCCGGCAAAUGCUGUUUUCAUUGCGGUCGAUAUACGGGAUUGGCAGCAAAUGCAAAGCCUGUUUAAGCAAACAAUUGGGAUCUUCGGAAGUGUGGACACUGUUGUAGCCAAUGCUGGCGUAAUGGAAUCGGAGCAUGUUCUAGAUAUGGACGAUGUGGAUAGCGAGGGAAACCUGCGCGAGUCUAAAGAAGCAUCUAGGGUUUUUGAUAUUAAUAUCAAAGGAACUUUGAAUACAUUGCGGCUGGCCAUGCACCAUAUGCGAUUAUCUUCCACCACAAAGAAUGGACAACCGUCGAUCGUGUUAGUAGCAUCUACAUCCGGGUACUUUGGGGGAACAGGGGUCGCCGCAUACAUCGCUUCUAAACACGGUGUUAUUGGACUAUUAAGGGCAUCGCAACUGGCUGCAAAGAAAUAUGGCAUUUCAAUUACGGCCGUUGCCCCAUUCUUCACACCAACCGCGAUAACCUCCGGUCUAUCCGAGCGCUGGAAGACAGCCGGACUAGAAGCUAACACGCCAGAGAUGGUGGGGGAGGUCAUACUUCAGUCGGCUCUAGAUGACAACAACAGUGGCAGUUGCCUGUUGGUUGCUGGGAAAUUUCUGCGCGAGCUAGAGCUUACCCGGGGCGAUGUGAUCCCAGGGUGGCUAGGAGGGGAUGUGAAGGAGUUUAUGGACAGAGCGUUUAAUGUAAUCCAAGAAACAGGUGGCUAUCAGCUGCCAAAGAUCAAGGCCAAAGUGUGA